AUGCACCUCAACCUCGCCGACCACGAAUUCCCAAAGAUGUCAUUGACAUCAUCCCAGCGCCCUUCGCCUGGUACUCCCUUCGAUUACAAUCCAAUCUUCAGUCCCAGGAAUCCUUCUUCUGGUGCUUCUGGUGCUUCUGCUACAUCCUCAUCUGCUCCUGCUUCCCAAUCAAGAUCUCAGCAUACCCAACCUCCUCAUCUAUACACCAUCCCCGGCACUCCUGCUGACCUGCCUGCCAACAUUCCCAGCACUCCCGGAGGUUAUCCCAGAAGGACUCCCUUACCUAGAGGCCCCGAUGCUUCAGCUACAACUGCCAGCCCCGCCUCGGGCUACUUUGGUCUCGACAGAGAUUCCGAGGAAUCAUACGCUCAUAAUAAUUGGUCGACCACCUCCUCCCUCCGAUCCUUAGCCGCCAGAUCUCCUCACGUUCUUGACAUCGACACCAUGCCUACUGCUACUUCUGAGAACUUUCGCCGACAAUCCUCUGCUAUUGCUGCUCACAAUAAAAAUCAUGCUGCCUAUCAGAGAUCCAGGGGUGGAAGCAGGGACAUGUCCGAUUCCAUCGAUGGAUUUUUCGCCGGUGCCUUGAAAUCCCCUCGACACGACCCUUCUGCUGCUUCCUCCUCCUCUUCAUCUUCUUCUUCCUCCUCCUAUUCUGCAGCUGCUUCUGCUUCUAGAACUGAAAGGAAAAUUCUUUCUCCUAGAUCCGAAGCUGAAAUGCAACAAAGGGCUGUUGCGUCUUCAUCGAGGCAUAAUAGUAUAUAUGAGGAACCGCAAAACUACUUUGACCAGCCAAGAUAUGAUUCCCCUGUGACAUACGAUCCCUCCAUCCCAAGCCGUUCCGUCUCGGCUUCUGGCUGGAGCUCAUCAUCCAUGCCACAUUUGUUGCAGGGAGGCUCAGUCUCUGGCGAAUUUACCAUGAGGCCACCACCUCUCGACCGACAGAGGUCCUCAACACUGCCUCCUUCCUCUCAAGUAGACGGCCUAUCUUUGAUGUACGCCUCAAAGCUAGCCCAGAUCCUAGAUCUAGCUCCCAAAACGACUCUUCUCCUGGACUUGCGACCCUUCCAGCAAUUUUCCCAAUCUAGGAUCAGAGGCUCCAUCAACAUUUCCAUCCCCACCACUCUCCUCAAGCGACCGUCUUUCAAUAUCGCAAAACUAACGGAGAGUCUCGGGGGGCCUGAGAUGAAGAAGCAACUCGCUAGGUGGAAGGAGGUUAACAAUAUUGUCGUCUACGACGCAUCCUCAAGUACCGUCAAGGAAUCCGCUUCCGCAGCGCACACCGUCAGCAAAUUUGUUAGAGAAGGUUGGCAAGGAGAUGCCUAUCUGUUAAGUGGCGGGUUUGAGGAAUUUAGUGAUCAAUUCCCUGGAGUAGUUGACAUAGGGCCUCUCCAAACGGAGAAAAAGAAGACCAAUUCACUCUCACUAUCAGGUUCAUCGGACGGUGGUCCACCAGCUUUCAAUUGUGUCAUGCCAAAGGCUGCUGCAAACCCUUUCUUUUCUAACAUUCGACAGAAUAUGGACUUGCUGGGAGGUGUCGGCGAGAUCUCCUUGAAGAUUCCACACUACAUCACUUCGGAAGUUCGUAGAGCGAUGCCAAAAUGGAUGCGAGAUGUCCUGAGGGAAGACGGGGCCAAGAAGGUUGCCGACAAGUUCUUGAAAUUGGAGAAGGCCGAACAGCGCAGGAUGCAGGACGCUCUAAACGUCAACGUCACUUACGAAUCACCAAAGACACUCCGACCGCCUCAAACUCAUACUUUGGCCGGUGUGGAAAAGGGUGCGAAGAAUCGUUACAACAAUAUCUGGCCGUACGACCAUACGAGGGUUAGGCUUACCGAUUACUCUCCCGAAUCGUGCGACUAUAUCAACGCCAGCUACGUAUCGACCGACUUUAGCUCGAAGAGAUAUAUUGCAACCCAGGGUCCCAUCCCUCAUACUUUCCGAGACUUCUGGAGCGUCGUCUGGGACCAUGAUGUUCGUGUUAUAGUUAUGCUUACUGCUGAAGCCGAGGGAGGCCAGCUCAAGUGCCACAAAUACUGGAAGGAACAUAGCUAUGGUCCGUACCAACUGAAUAACAUUUCAGAGAAAAGGAUUCCUUUGGAUCCCGCCAAAACCAACGGGUAUGCCUACAAGAAGGAAGGGCCGAUACGCCGCCAAAGUUCUAGUCGCAAUGAACCCGAAUCGCCCAAGGAAUUCAACGGACCUCAUGUUAUUAUGCGAAAGUUCACUUUGAGCCACAGCUCCCACCCGUUCUCCCCUCUCCGAGAAAUAACUCAGCUUCAGUAUUCCUCUUGGCCCGACUUUGGCGCCCCAGCUGACCCCGCCCAUAUUCUCGCUCUCAUCGAACAGACUGAGUUGGUGAUACGUUCUUCCGGCGGUUCCCGGCGUUCUUCCUCCUCAACCACCCAUGAUAGGCGCUCCUCACGAGCUGACGGCGAGAGGCCGGUUCUUGUUCAUUGCAGUGCAGGCUGUGGCCGAACUGGCACUUUCUGUGCUACCGACUCCGUCAUUGACAUGCUCAGGCGCCAGCGUGAGCGUGUAAGAAGCGCAGGUGGAAGGUAUCCUCAGAAUGGUGUUGACCACGAAGGAGACUCCCCAAUGCGAUACGGGUUUGACAACAACGACUUCCAAGGACAAUGGAUCAACGACGAUCGCGUGGAUUUGAUCGAGAAGGCAGUUGAGAAUUUGAGAGAUCAGAGGAUUUCGAUGGUUCAGACUCUUAGGCAGUAUGUUCUUUGCUACGAAACCGUAGCGGAGUGGCUUGUUAGGAGACCCCUCGCAGACGGCAGUGUGGCUUCUUGGAUGAAAGCUUGA